AUGCAUUGGCAACUUUUGGCUCUCCUCUCCCUUGUUUGUCAGACGCUUAUAUUGACAUUAGCUGCGAGAAAACGAAGUGAGAGCUGGCGACAGGACUGCAGGAGCUGUCUGGAGUGUUCGAAGGAAAACGGCUGUCUGCGCUGCUCUGAGCGCCUCUUCCUGUUCCUGAACAGAGAUGGCAUGAGUCACCACGGCUCUUGUGUUCACUCCUGUCCCUCCGGACACUUCGGCCUCCGAGCCAAAGAUCUCAACCGCUGCAUGAAAUGCAAAGCUCCCGAGUGCGAGAGGUGUUUCAGUAAAGACUUCUGCACCAAGUGCAAGGGAGGAUAUCUGCUCUUCAAAGGCAAAUGCUUCAAAAACUGUCCAGAGGGCACAUUUCCUCAGUCCACAGACUGCAUUGAAGGCUGUGUGCUCAGUCUCUUUGGGCUUUGGGGUGAAUGGAGCUCAUGUCAGCACAGCGGCCUGAGCUGUGGUGUCAGAUGGGGGCAGCAGAGCAGGACCCGUGAGGUGUCCAGAAACAUGCCUGAAGAAACAGAAUCACUCUGCCCACCUCAGACUGAGAGCAGAAAGUGCAGGAUUAAGAAAAAAAGUCCAAAAGACAAAAAGAAAAAUGUAAGGAGAGAAGGAAGAAGAAAGGCACAGAAAAUGCUGAAGCUCUUUUGGAAUGAAACUGUCACAGAACCUCCAUGGCAAAUGUAAAGAAACGUUUUAUAUAUAUAUAUGAUGAAUAACAGAUGAACAGCUUUGUGUGGUUUGAGCUGUAUCUCCACAGCUUUCUCUACAUGCCUUGGGCUCUUCUGUGUUUUCCAACCACAUACUCCUCCCUAUAUUUGCACUUUUUUGGUAUAAUUGCAUUAGAAAAAAUAAAGAAGAACAAUGUAAAGAAUUGUGUAAAGAGAUGCUAAGAUCAUGACCUCGAGCCAUAUGAUUGGCUGUAGACAUUUCAUGUGACCCAUGAGUGGCAAAGAUUUAUUUUUAGACAUGAAAAGUGAUAAAUCAAUGUGUGUGUAUCUGUAUACAUGUAUAUUUCUGAGUUAACUUGCCAGUAUUGUGCAUACUUUGUCUAAACAGCUUAAAUUAAAGUAUAAUAUCGUAUUAUUUUCUUAGAGCCUCAAAUGUACCACUAAACUUAUUGUCUCUGUUUUUUCCUCUUUUGAAACUGAUUAUUGUUCCUCUGUGAGAACUGAAAUGUUCUACAACAUGCUGCUUUUGAUUUGAGAAGGAUGGGAAUGUGCUGAUUUUAGUGGGAUUUAUUUGUGCUU